UUACUAUUAUACAAUAAAAUUAAACAACAAAAUUUUGAGUUAAACUUCAGUUAUAGUAAAAAAUAAACAUAUUUUAAUUGAAAAAAAAAACAUGGAAGUUGACAAAGAUAACGAUUCUGAUGAGUUCUUCAAUAUGGAAGAUGGCGAUACACCUACAUGCAGUUCAAAUCGAAAAGGAAAACGUUUUAUCAUUAAGAAAUGGCAGGCGCAGGCUUUGUGGUCAUGGGAUUUAGAAGUUGAUAAUUGUGCCAUAUGUCGUAAUCAAAUUAUGGAUUUGUGUAUUGAAUGUCAAGCGAAUCCGCAAUGUUCCAGUACAAAAGAUGAAUGCACUGUGGCAUGGGGUACUUGUAAUCAUGCAUUUCAUUUUCAUUGCAUUUCGCGUUGGUUGAAAACACGUCAAGUAUGUCCAUUGGAUAAUAAAGAAUGGGAUUAUCAGAAAUUUGGACGAUAAACUAAUGUUUUGGUAUUAUGCAAUCAUAUAUAACAGAUUAAAGAUUAAAUUAAAAAAAUCAAGAGUAAUUU